CUCAAAAACCCACCUAAAACCCUCAGGGGCUCUCCUUUCCUCCUCUCUUAAUCACAUUGCACCGGAAAUGACUCUCUCUCUUUUCCUACUCUCAAAACCAGUCUUGCAUUUCCACGCAAGUGGAAUCGCGAAAUCAACAAGAUGGCUCUCUUCUUCUUAUUCUUCUUCAAACGGAGGGACCCAAUAUUUAUCACGCGUGAAGGGAGUGGAGGGGGGCAAGGAGAAUGAACACAUGGAAAUGCAUCUGAAAGACUUGCCAAAAGUGAAAGAAGUUGAAAUGAAAGUGGGUGGAUCAUGGUAUUCUCUGAAAAACAUCUUUACUAAUUUUAAGGACCGAAUGUUCAGAAAUCCUCAAAGUCACAAGCAAAUUAGCAGAGAUACAACACUUUCUGCAGUUGACUCUGCUGCAUCUGAGAUUAUCGCAACACAAACUGGUGUUAGUAAACAUAUUGCUGAAUCUGGGGGGUCUGAUAAUGUACUUAAGUCAUCAGAAAUCCCAACAGACUCCAACAGCAGAAGAGAGUAUUUCAACACAUGCAACAUCUCAUUUACAAGGGAGACACCUCUCGAAGAUGCGGUUAAUACAACAGCUUCUGAUGCUAUGGAGAUACAUGGAUCUCUUGAUAAUAAUAAGCAUGAUGAGCAUGAUAGUACUAUUGUUCAAGCAGCAAGUGCCAUAAUUUCAGAUGAUCCAAAGGAGGUCAUGCUUGAAAAUGGGAAGAGGCUGCUUGAGGAGGCGACAUUUGGAACAGUUGUUGAAUCAAACAAUAACCAGGAGGAGGAGGCUGGGAACCUAGUUUCUUUGGCAGAUCACUUAUUUGAUAAUGCUUUUGAUACAAGGCAGAACAAAAGUGCAAAAGAAUCAGCUUCAAUUAGAAAGGAAAAAUGUCAACUUGAGAAGAAAACAGCCACACUGGUUGAAAGAGUGAACAUAGAUGGCUCUAAAUUGGAGGAAAGACCUCCGUUAUCUGAUGUUUCUCAAGAGGAUGAUGGAUUAGUGAACUUGUUUAAAAUGUCAGUGAGUAAUAAAACAGCAGCAGAAACGAGUAGAGUAAAUGGUGAUCUUUUUACACCGAGUAUAUCUUUCAGUAAUCAUGAUGGAAAAUCACUGAAAAAAGAAGAGAGCCCAUUUGAUUUCGAAGGAUUAUAUGGCCACAUUAAGAUGCUGCGACCGGUUACAGCUCAAGACAACGCCAUUCUCAAGUCCAAUGCUGAAAGCAGAAAAACUGUUUUGAAAGACCGUGCUGUUAGCAAGAAUAAUAAGAAGAGAAGUAAAAUAAAGAAAGAGCAGAGUGCUAAAACCAUGACAAAAGACGAGGGUGGUAAUUUGGAUAUUGCAGAAAAGGAUCACAUUAAAUUAGAAAAAACUCCACAAGCUCCUCUUGAAACUAGCGAAAAAGAUUCAAAUCAAACUCCUUUAACAUCUUUGGCAGACGGAGAUACAGAAAACAAAUUAUUGCUCAGAUUCUUGCACAAAGAUGUUGGGGACGGUGAUAUAAUUUCUUGUUUUAGGAAUUGCGGGCCUAUUUCAAAGAUUGAAAAGGUUUCGUCUGUCAAAGGGAGCAAUUUGUUUGAUGCUUUUUUACAUUUCGAGACAAGGCAAGGUUUGCAUAAAGCUCUCGAGAAGCCCGAGGUCUUGAUCAAGAAUUCAAACGCCUUCAUUCAUGACACAGCUAGCCGAAUUUCUAUUCCUAACCUGAUUGGUGAUAUUGACAUUUCAGUUGCCCUAGUGAAACAUCCCACCCGUACAGUUAAGAUAAAGCGGCUGACUGAUGAUAUUAGCUCACAUCAGCUGAAGGAAGCUCUCUCCUUCUGUAGGAGUGGCAUAAAUGGCUUCUUUUUGGGAGCUUCAAGUUCCAGUGCCUAUGUGGAGUUUGAGAGUGAAGAUGCCAAAGAGAGGGCACUAGCAAAGCAUUUCUUACAGGUAUCAGGAAAGCAGCUAUCAAUUUUCAGAGUUGAUGCACCAAGAACAACAGUUGUAAGAAUCCUAAAUAUCAAUCCACAAUGUCGUUCUAAUGUCCUCACGAUUUGCAAAUCUUUUGGGAAACUCUGGAGGAUGAAGCUCAGACAUGAGAACAUUGCGGAUGUGUAUUUCAAGAUUGAUGAAUGGCCUAACAUGUUAAAUAUUUUGAAUAGUUUGAAUGGAUUGGAAGCGGAUGGCAGCCGGUGGGUUGCUCAGCCUGCUUCCAUCUUUCCUCCUAUAAUUUUGCAAGCCCUCUGGAACCACCCAGAUGAAAGAAGACACGUGAUUUCAUCAAUGCAAUGCUUAUUGAAGAAACUUGAGCAUCCUAUGGACACAGCUGAAUUAAACAAUCUGGCAGCAAGGUUUUGUGGCUAUAGCCUAUGAAUUGUAGUUGCGAGAAUUUGAUGGCAAGGUACACUGGUCUCAACUUUCCAAUUUUGAUGACGUUGCAAAUUAGUUCUAACUUGCCAAGGCCAGUUGUCAAAUGAUCCUACAUAAACUUUGUCACAAGCAAAAUGAAAAUCACUGGGUCAUAACAGUUGUUAUCC